GGCUCCCUCCCAUCCAGCCUUCUCUCACCCGCCCACCAGUUGGUUCCUGCUUACUGCUAUGUGGAGAUAAGAGCGGAGACGAACCGGGGAAAGAAGGCCCAAACUUGUCUUUUUUAACUCUCUCAAGACUUUUGCUUCCUCCGAUCCUACGGCUACUAUGCUGCGUCUGAGCACCGGCCGGGUAGGAAGCCUCCUGGCCAGCAGGGCGGCGGCAGCUCUGCCCAGCAGCAGCAGCAGCAGCGUGAGGAUGGCGAGCCACGGCCACGAGGUGUCGCAGGCGGAGGACAUGUCUCGGCCGAUGUACUGGGACCGGGUGGACACCCCGCUGCCGGACCGGGCCUACAAAGACGUCCUCUCCGAUACUGACAAGAACCUGAAGCAGAAGGAGAAAGGACCCUGGAGUCAGCUGAGCAAGGAGGAGAAGAUCGCCUGUAGGUUCAGAAACACCUUCACAUGAUGCCAGAGUGUUUAUCUACAUAAAUACAGGCUGAAAAUACUUGUA